AUGGCGGGCAGCGACGUGGCGUGUGAGGGGCCCACGCGGAGGGGAGGCGCGACCCGGAGACCCGGGGCUCCCGGCGGGCUGCGCAGCCAGGCAGCGGCCAGCAGCUCUGAGCCGCUGUCCGCUGCUGAAGCUCCGGCCGAGCGCGGCGCGCUGCCCGCCUGGAUGCGCCUGUACUUCUACGGGAUGCACGGCAUCACCCUGGACGUGCUGGUGUCCUCCGCCAGGCGCUUCGCCCGCAGCCUGGACCUGCGGAUGCUGGGCUUCUCAUCGCCCUACCGCUGCCUCCUGCACUCGCUCACCCACUUCGCCCUGGAGCAGCUCUACCUGCAGCGGCCGCGCUGCCCCAGCGCCUUCCUCUUCAAUUUCCUGCUCUACCCCUGGGCGCACGUGGGGCUGCAGACCCUGGCGGGCCAGGCGAUGCUGCUCAGCCUGGGCGGCGGGCCGGGGGGCGCGGCGGCGGCGCCCGGGGCGCUCGACCUGGCGCUGCAGUACGUACUGGCGCUCUACCACGGCCAAGUGUUCCUGAAGCGCUUCCUGCGUUUGCGGUACCCGCGGCAGCGCCAGCAGCAGACCAGGGACACGCUACCGGCAGCCCCGGACGCCCGAGUCCUUUUGGAGGCUGGUGGCCGGCGACAAGGACCCCGCGGCCCCAAGGGCGCCGAAGGGGCCCCUAGCCAAGGACUGCCAGACUUCCUCCGCUUCCUUUUCUUCGGAAUGCACGGCUUUCUGGAUGAGAUCUUCUUCACCUUCUUCUUCAAUGUGCUGGGGCAGGGGGACGGGGCCAGCGGUGGACACACGUCGCUCUGGUCCUUCUUCAUGUAUGGCAGUUGUAGUUUUGUGGUGGAGAAACUCUACUUCCAUCUUCAUUACAGCCGUGGCUGGGGCACCUGGAAGCGGGUGCCCAUCUAUGUGAUCUUUAUCUAUGCCUGGGAGUUGUCCUGGGGUCUGGGGCUUCGCAUGUGUGGGGCCUGUUCCUGGGACUAUUCUCACUAUCCACUCAAUUUCAUGGGCCUCAUCACUCUGAUGUAUUUACCUGGUUGGCUGUUCCUUAGUGUGUACCAGGACCUACUGUCCAACGUGUUGUGGCGGGUGCAGUACGUCCCAACAAGCUAAGAUUGGGAGAAAAAAAAAAGAAGAAGAAGAAAAGAAAGGAAGAAAGGAACAUGACGAUUGGAUGCAAUUUAUUUUUACACAUUUAAAACGAGGUGGUUUUCAGUCUUUUAAUUUUUAUACACUUUACUAAACUCUUCCAACUUGUUUUACUUGACGUUUUAGUUUUCCAGACUGCUUGGAAUCGAUAUGUAAAGUUCAAUACAUUGAAGUGUUACUCAAAACUAACUCAAAAUAUUUAACUCAUCAAUAAUUUAAACCUUUUCGAGGUCAGACAGCUAAACCACUCUACCUUAACAUCAGAAACCGGUAAUAUUCACUGAACCUCAAAGCGUGAUAAGUACUUACUUUUCUGUUCUUCUAUGAAAGUUUUCAGAUCAGAGAACAAUGGUUUUUACAAGUUCCUGAUUUAAUGAGCUGUUUACUUUCUUUUUAAUUAUUGCAAUUUCAUUUUACUUUCUUGCCAUGUUUACCAAUGGCCGCUGAAACUCCAUGUCUCGUAUGUCCUUCAGAAACUUCAAACCACAGCUCUUAAAGUGCCUCUGUCUAGUAUACAAGUGAGAGGAAGCUGGCAAGUGUGAAAAUAUCCCGUGAACACAUUUUGACGUGAGACGUCCUUGCUGUCGACUCCGACAGGUGACACUGUGUUAAGACAUUUGGUCACCAUCUUGGGAAUGAUUGCUUUCCAGUGUUGGCUAGCCUUAAACACUACUGUGUUAACGUCAAUCAGAACAUGUGUGAUCUAAACUUUUGUAACUGUGUGCGCAAUAACCUAAAUGUUUACCCUCUAUGUCCCAGGGCCAAGUGAAAUUCUACCACCUUCCAUGGGGUCCUAACACUCAGUACCGUUUUUUCUACGCAGAGCUUCAGAUAUAGAAACAGUACCGUGGAAUAAAAUGACUCUCAAUUCUCCCUCUAAUUUCAUUAGGCCUACUUGUUUUUCUAUUUGCUGGUGUGUUUUCACCAUAUCUCUCCCAGUUCUCCCUUACUUUCUUUCCCCUUUCAGGCCCAGAUCUGGGGUCAGGCCCGACAUGGUAACGCACCUUAUAAGUGCAUGAUAGCUUUUUGACAGCUUAUGAUUAAUUAAUGCCUAAAAGCUCCAGAGUUAAAUGAGAUGAUGGAAGCCAUUCUAAGAAAUUAUAUCUAAUUGAUUAAUAAUGCACUCUGAGGGCGUUUGCUGUUUUAUUGUACUUAGAAGAGUGAGGCGAAUGGAGUGUGGCUCAGCCAGGGAUGACUAACAACCUCUCAGCUUUCAGUACAAAGAUAAUUAGGAAAACUUAGACUGUGUACUAAUGAGUCUGAAUUGUCCAAUUGCCUGUGCUGUAAAAAGGGAUGUUUUCUAUUAAAAAAAAAAAAACAGUUUGCUAGGAGAACUGAAGAGAAUGUGUAUUUAGAUUUGACAUCAGGCAUGGUUCUAAUCGUGCUAUAUCAAUCCAUCCUCUGAGGUUAUGAGCUAAAUUAUAAGUAAUGUCAUAUAGUCAACCCCACCUGUAAAAUGGAUGAGGACAAACUAAUCAUUCUCAUCACUCAGAGCUUAAAAGUCAGCUCAAUGUUUGUCAGAGGUUUCUCUUAAAUUCUUUAUGACACUGUACCGGGUCAAAGAUUUCUGAAAAUGCUGGAGGGGAAAAUAUGGAAGUAGACACAGCAGAGUUAGAAAGACGCAGGACAAGGGAUUUGGAAUUCAAAUGUGGCACAUGCACAGGAAUCUGAGUUAAGUAUGGCACCACUGAACACCCCACAUUCCUGUGAAUGUGAGUCAGCUCCAUGGCUGUUGAAAUUGUCCCCACUCACCUCCAGCCUAUGCAUCUCUCAGAGCCACUGAGGAGUCUACUAACUGUCUCCGAGUCAGAAAUCCCCCACUUAGGAACACAAGCCGUUUUAUUUUCCUUUUAAUACUAUGAUCGUCAAGGGGAUAGAGUAAGGUUUUCACUCAUUAGACUUACUCAAGAAAUAGUUACCCAGCCUCCAGUAAUCAGUAGGCACUUCCUACGAUUGUGUAUACAUGAUAAUGAACCAAUAGACAGAUGUCUGUCUUUAUAAAGCUGGAAAUUGACUGUUUGGAUGUUGUGAAAUUAUACUCCUUUUGUUGUUUGCUUGGUUUUUUCAAGACCGCUGUUUCAGUAACAAGUAAUGAGCAGCAGGAUCUAGAAUCUCAUCAGUCCUAUCUUUGAAACAUAGCAAUCCAUCAUUCCUAAAAAAAUAUCCAAACUAACAGUCCCCAUGCUAGUUCUCCAAAUUGCUAGCUGUGUAUACAGGAAGUGAUCAGCCUGGCUGGUAACUCAGUGUAUUGUCUUAGGGCUUCUCGUUUUGCAUUUGUUCCACCUCUUAAAGGAGGCAUUUUGCUGUGAUCUUUGACCCUUCACGAUAAGAGAACCAUCAAAUCAUUGUUAUUAUUAGUAGUUUAGAGGCAGAAAUGCUAAGUCAGUAUGAUAGUUAAUAUUUAAAUAGCAUUUGCUCUCUGAAAAACUUCUCUAAAGUGUGUAUGUAUUAUAUAGAUAUCAAAUUAACAACACAUUCUUACAUACUAUGCCUUAAGUGAAUAUGCAUACAGUAUAUAUUUUAAGUACAUAUUUAUAUGUGUGUAUAUAUUCACUUAAUCUUGCAACAACCCUGCUUUUAUAGAUGAAGGCAAUAAAACUGAAGCCCAAAUGGAUUGAGUAACUACCCAAGCUACACAGCUUUUAAGCAUUUAUAUGUAAGUUAGUGGAUGCUGGACUCCAGUCAGUUCCCAACAGCAGCUUGAUUGUGCCUGUCUACUGGCCUCAGUGAUUUGGAUCAUGUCUGGACUGUUCUUCCCUAUGAUGUUAGAGAUGCACAGACAGCUGUUGUUUGCAAAAGACUCCUGUUGCUUUUUUGUUAUGUGGUGCAUAGCAAAUGAAUUAAUAUCAGGAUAUAUAACUGACAAUCAGCCUUCUUUCACUCCAUAGAUAAUGCCUUUAUAUUUAAGCAGUGCUCUGAAUGGAAGUUCCUCCUAUAAACCAAAAUAAUUUGCAACAUAAAAAUGUAAGGAUAAUAUACCAAGAUGCAAGGUAGGCCAUUAUCACAAGCUAUGAAUAUACAUAUAAUUAAUCACUGCUAUACAUUAAAUAUUGUUCUUAGAGCAGAUAUCAUUGUAAGAACUAACCACCCCAAAAGUGAGAAAGUUUGUAGCCAGGUGUGUUGGCACCCAACUGCAAUGCCAAUACUGAAGAUGCUAAGGCAGAAAGAUUGCAAAUUUGAGAUCACCCUAGGGCACAUAAUGAUAUCUUGUCUUUAAAAAAAAAACCCUCUAUUUUUGCAAAGACAUUGAUCCUGAGUUCUACUGAAGAAAAACAUUCUUAGUAGAAAAAUAUAAAAGUAGCAAGUGUGCUUAACAUAUACAAUGCUGGGAUUUUUUUUUAGAAGUACUUGAAAUUUUAAGUAAAUUCUGUGAAUCUAAAGAGAAAUAUAAACUCUUGAAUUUUCAUGUUAACAAUGAAUAUAGAAGUCCAGAUAUCAAAGAAAAGCUCCAAUAAAGUUGCUAACCUAUUGAGUUAUUUCAAACAUUCCCAUGAUUUGGUGUACUUGAUUAUUUUGUGUUCUGUUAAUUGACAGUUCAUACUUCAACCAAGCAACACACAACAGUUUAGAAACAUAUGACCUGUUUUGUUGUUUGAGAAACAUACUUAAUUGGAUAAUCCUUUCUUCUGACACAUAUUUUAAAAAAUAAUUUUCAUUGUUUUGAAAUAGUCUCUGUCAGUUUGGCAGACCUGGUUCUCUUUAAGAAAGAUAUUGAAAGAGUUUGGUGGACAGGUUGGGCUUACCUUCCAUUUUGAAGGUUCAUAAAACAUCUAUAUAUCUGAACACAGGGAGAACUCAUGACACACUUUGUAGUAAGCCAUUGUACUGAAAUAUCUGACACUGUAAUAAAGGCAGUGUUUCCAUACAUUAAAAGGCAUUGCAACUCUUUACCAUUUCAAUUAAUUUUGAAUACACUAACUCUAACAGUGCUUACUAGAGCUAACUCCUUUACCAAAGGAAAGUUAAAAAACAAAACAUCAUCCAUCAAAUGCAUCAUCCCCUCACCUCCCUUCAUCAAACACAAACACGUAUUCCGUGGUACUAUGAGAGGUGGCAGUUAAGGAUGGUUCUAUUGUGCUGCCAGGACUUUUUUUUUUUUCUACUCGUAGAGUUGGUAGCAGAGGAAGGAACAAAAGUAGCAAUUGUCUCUGUGUCUAAUGAACCCAUUCAUUAGACUUGGCCUCAUUCUCGUUUUUCACACUGCUGCAGCAAGCCAUCACACAGGCAGUUGAUUCCAGUCACAAGCAACCCAGAUUGCAAAACGCUCUGUGGUGUGUGAAGAGAAAGCUUUCUGGUGAAAACACUUUCUCAGAAUGUAGAAAAAAAUGCAAAUAUGGAUAUUUCUCUUAAUUUUAAAAUGAACUUUUUAAGAUUACCAGACAGGGAGGGGAGUAGGAAUGACUUGUCCAUAUACAGAACUGGUUAAUUUUCUUUGUACCUUUGAAGUUUCCCAAGACGUAAAACUUCUCGUGAAACAAUUUUCCCAGCUGGAAAUUAACGUAUGUCUACUAUGAUUAAGGAUAUUUAAACUUUGCAAGAAACUAUGCCACUUAAAGCAUUGGGCCUUUCACCCACAGCAGGAGUAAGGCCCUCUGAGGGAUGAUUCCUUGAUUCUAUUUAGACUGAAUGUUCUAGUUUUCAUUGUAUUUUGUCACAAAGACUAAGUAGAAGGAUGAUGGGAGAAAUCCACAGAGUCUGUUUAAUGAACAAGGGAAUUUAUUAGGGGGUAACUCAUUAUAGCACAGGUAUUUAUUGUAGGGUCCAGGAAAGCUGAACUAUGUCCCAUGCUGAUCUUCCAAGAUCUGCCUGGUUAGUCCCAGCAUCCAAAACCAUGAGGGAUUGAAGAGAAUACCGCCUAUAUGCAUCCCAGGUCUUAAGGGUCCCCCAACCCACCCCAGCGGCCAUGCCCCAGGGGCAUGUACUUCAAGGUCAUAGGCAGGUGUAACAGUUACCUGUUGUUACCUCACUAGGGGGUGGUGCUUCAAGGUCAUAGCUAGAACAGCUAUCCACUACAGAAAGGAACACUGUCACCAACAGAAUCACCAAGUCCAUUCUCAACCAGUAAAGGAAUCAGGCUGCCAAAACAUUAGGAGCCAAUAGCUUGCCAUUCAUUCCAUGGAGUUCUUUUGUUUUGUUUUGUUUUGUUUUUUAUGAAAUUCUUUCCCCUUCAUUGAAAAUUUCCAUGCUUAAUUUUCUUGCUAUUCUUAUGACUUUGCUAUUUCAAAGGAUGGAGGGCUUUUAGAAUUAUUAUUAUUAUUUCAGAAAUUAAAAACAUCUUGGCUAUAAGUAUGGUAGUAGGUUAAAUUCAUGAACUCUGCAUGAAUCACUGAAGUCUUUACAUGGUUAAAACUAGGGAAAGAUUUGACUAGUUACUCUACUGGCCUACAGAAUAUCACCAGGUGAAAUUGACUGUUAACUUACCAGUUGUACCAGAAAAAUGAAUUUAAUAGACAGAGAUAUGGCUCAGUGAGUAAGAAUGAGGACCUCAGUUUGGAUCCCAGUAUCCACAUACAAAUCUGGGUAUGGCCAUGUGCAUCUAUAAGCGUGCUGGGACUUGUUGAGCCACAAACCCAGCAUCAGAUUCAGUGAUAGACCUUGUCUCACAGGAAUUAGGUAGAAAAUUAUUGUCCUUGAUGUCCUGCCCUUGCCUUCUCUCCAAAACCUACACUCCCACCUACACAUGCACCCCUGUCCCAGCAAACACAGGGAUCACGAGGCUAGAGAUGUCAAAGAAACAAGUAGCUAGCCAAGUACUGUUGAAAUAUCAAAGGCCAUCAUGCCCAUUUAAAAACUCGAGGAACCAGAGUAGUCAGAGACACCAAGAGAAGAUGCCCACAGAAUCAAUUGACCGGGACUCAUGGAGGCUUAUACAGAUCCGGGAACCUGUAGGGGUCUGACCUAAGUCCCCAGCAUAUAUUUUUACGGCUGUGUAGCUUGAUACUCUUGUGGGACUCCUAACAGUAGUAGUAGGAGCAGUCACUGACUCUUUUGCCUACUUAUGGGACCCUUUCCUCCUACUGGAUUGCCUCAUCCAUCCUUGAUGUGAUGGUAUGUGCCUGGUCUUAUUGUGACUUGUUACAAUAAGAUGAUGUCCCUGGGAGGCCUACUCUUCUCUAAGGGUGGGGUGGAUGUGGUCUGGGGGAAAGGAGAGGUGGGGAGGAAAGGCUGUGGAGAGGGAAGAGAGAAGAAACUGUGGUUAGGAUGUAAUAUAUGAGAGGAAAAUAAAAAUAAUAAAUUGUACUUGCUGUAUUAAGAAAAAUCUAGCUACAGAUUUGAUUACCUUAUAAUGUAGACAUAUGCUGUAUGCAAUAUAUUUUACCACAUAUCUUUAAAUCCUAUGGUGCUGAUAAAUAAACCUGUAGAUUAUGAAACCCUGAAUUUCAAGUAUUUUGAAAAACCACUCUCAGGAAAGAAUAAUAAUGGGUUGAUUGUGAAAAGUGGUCACAGCCUGUUUUUUUAUACCCUCAUUUUGGAGACAAACGUUGAAUGAAAUUUACUCUUGUACAUUAAUGAUGAGAAUUAUUUUGUUUUUAAGUUUUUAUUAGAGGCAAUGAAUGAACAAGAAGAAAAGUUAACUGAGUUUCUUGGAGUACAACAGAACAAGCAUUCAUAUUUCAAGUUCGUAAAAUGUAGAGUUUAAGAAAAUCUGUCAUUAUACUUGCUCAUCAUGGUGAUUUCCACAGCCAACAAAUGAAACAGGAACACAGAAGAGUAAUAGUAAGGAUAAGGUGGUGUUUAAGAGUCUUGGAGACAUGGAUGUGUUAUUUUUAUGGUUAAACAUAUGCACAAAGAUGAGUGAUAGUCUAAAUCCUUAAAACAUAAAAUUUACAUUCUAACAAAAUGUUACAUUCACAAAACACUGCAUACCCUGUUUUGUUGGAUAACAAAUAAACAUUUUAUUGUGUUACUAUUGA